AUGGCUUCCAAGCUAAAGCCUGUAGAUAUUCCUACCUUUGCCACCACUCAGCUUGCACUUCUGGACCAAGAGCUCCAGACAGAGAUCAACGAAACAAGCGACCUCAUCUCUAACCACAGUCCCACAGCCCUGCAGCGCGCUGGUAUUGCUCUGACAAACCUAGUCGUCUCAGGCCAGCGCACCGGCCUUGGUGGCCGGACAGUUGUCGAGCUCUCCCCAGAUGCUGCUACGGGUUCGGCUGACGAACUGCCUGAGCAUGGCUUGCGCACGGGAGACAUUGUCCUUGUCGCCGAGCAGCCUGCCGGAAGCGCCAAGAAGCGCGAGGUGAAGGAUUUGGAAAAGAAGGGCGCCAGAGGUGUAGUGACAAAAGUGAGAAGGGAAUGGGUCUCUGUUGCCAUCGACGAGGGAAAGGAGGAAGUUGCCUUUACAGGGAGGGUCUGGGCAGUCAAGUUGGCCGACGAGGUGACAUACAAAAGAAUGAACUGGACAAUGGAGAAGCUGAACAAGAUGAAUGAGUCAGAAUACUCCAGCUUAACCAGAGUGCUUUUCGGCUUGUCAAGUCCAUCACCAGUUGCUGCAGACUUGACAAAGGAUGAAAGCGUGGGGAACCUUGACUGGUUUGAUCCCACACUCAACGAGUCACAAAAGGAUGCAAUUAGAUUUGCUCUAGCCUCCCUAGAGGUGGCUUUGAUCCAUGGACCUCCAGGAACUGGCAAGACUCACACUCUCAUCGAACUGAUUCUUCAGAUGAUCAGGCUGGAACAGAGAAUUCUCGUCUGUGGUCCUUCUAACAUUUCAGUUGACAAUGUUGUCGAGAGACUAGCCCCUCACAAGGUUCCGAUUCUCCGUCUGGGGCACCCGGCUCGUUUACUGCCUUCUGUUGUAGACCACUCUCUCGACGUACUCACCCAGACAUCAGAGGCUGGCGCAAUUGUAAAAGAUAUACGUACCGAGAUGGACACGAAGCAGGCCUCAAUCAAAAAGACAAAGAGCGGCAAGGAACGCAAGGCCAUCUACAACGAUCUUAAAGAAUUACGGAAAGAAUUUCGCGAGCGGGAACGCCGGUGUGUUAGCACCCUCAUUGGCGGUAGCAAGGUAGUCCUUGCGACACUACAUGGAGCAGGAGGCUACCAACUGCGAAACGAGGAGUUUGAUGUCGUUAUUAUCGAUGAGGCCAGCCAGGCUCUCGAGGCUCAGUGUUGGGUUCCUCUCGUAUCUGCUAAAAAGGUUGUCUGUGCUGGUGAUCAUCUGCAGCUCCCUCCAACUAUAAAGUCGACCAAUACCAAGGUCAAGGCACCAGUCAAAGAGGGCGUCGAAAUCACAAAGGGUGCCACGCUCGAAGUUACUCUGUUUGACAGACUGCUGGCGUUACAUGGACCCUCCAUCAAACGAAUGUUGACUACACAGUAUCGAAUGCACGAGAGUAUUAUGCGCUUUCCUUCUGACGAACUAUACGACUCCAAGCUUAUUGCUGCUGAUGCGGUGAAACAUCGUCUCCUCAAAGACCUUGAAUAUGAAGUCGAGGACAACGAGGAUACUAAUGAGCCUGUCAUCUUCAUCGAUACUCAGGGCGGAGACUUCCCAGAAAAGAACGAAGAAGACGACAAGGACACUCCCAAAAAGGGCAAGGCAAGUUUGCACGGCGACAGUAAGAGCAAUGAAAUGGAGGCAGCUCUUGUACAACAACACGUAAAGAAACUCGUGGCUGCUGGGGUUCGUCCGGAAGACAUAGCUGUUGUAACGCCUUACAAUGCUCAGCUUGCCGUCCUGGCUCCACUCAAAGACAAGUUUCCUGGUAUCGAGCUCGGCAGCGUUGACGGCUUUCAGGGUCGUGAAAAAGAGGCAGUAAUCGUGAGCCUGGUUCGAAGCAAUUCUGAAGGCGAAGUCGGCUUCCUUGGCGAGAGACGUCGUCUCAACGGUAAGGUGACAUCCCGAGGCUUCCCGUUCUGGAUCGGGUAG